GCGGUUGCUUAGAGCCAAUCGGGAGAGGCAGCUGUGGCGGGGGCCGAGGAGGGACAUUUUAAAAGGGCCGGAGAUUGCGGGCGUCAGUGGCCAUGGCGGAUACGGCGACUACAGCAUCGGCGGCGGCGGCGGCCAGUGCCGCUAGCGCCUCGACCGAUGCACCUCCUUUCCAGCUGGGCAAACCCCGCUUCCAGCAGACGUCCUUCUAUGGCCGCUUCAGGCACUUCUUGGAUAUCAUUGACCCUCGCACGCUCUUUGUCACCGAGAGACGUCUCAGAGAGGCUGUGCAGCUACUGGAGGACUAUAAGAAUGGCACCCUGCGCCCGGGGGUCACCAAUGAGCAGCUCUGGAGUGCACAGAAAAUCAAACAGGCUAUUCUACACCCGGACACCAAUGAGAAGAUCUUCAUGCCCUUUAGAAUGUCAGGUUACAUUCCUUUUGGGACGCCAAUUGUAGUCGGUCUUCUCUUGCCCAACCAGACACUGGCGUCCACCGUCUUCUGGCAGUGGCUGAACCAGAGCCACAAUGCCUGUGUCAACUAUGCAAACCGCAAUGCUACCAAGCCUUCACCUGCAUCCAAGUUCAUCCAGGGCUACCUGGGCGCUGUCAUCAGUGCUGUCUCCAUUGCUGUGGGCCUUAAUGUCCUGGUUCAGAAAGCCAACAAGUUCACUCCAGCCACUCGCCUUCUCGUCCAGAGAUUUGUGCCAUUCCCUGCUGUAGGCCCUGCUGGAGACGGCGCUGACCCGGGUGGUCCUGCCCAUGCCCAUCCUGGUGCUACCCCCGAUCGUCAUGUCCAUGCUGGAGAAAUUGAAACGUCCCAGCUGGAGCCUGAGAUUGCCCGGGCCACAAGCAGCCGGACUGUGGUGUACAACAAGGGGCUGUGAGUGGUGGCCGGCCGGCCUGGGGACAGAUCACUGUUCAGGCCGGGGAGUUAGGGGCAGGGAAGGAGACUCGUGGGCUGCAUCUGCAGGGAGGGGUGAGCUGACCCCAGCAGUCCUGGGACACCUGGGGAGCACUGAGCCUGCAGUGGUAGGGAGACUAAUCCAUUUACAUGUUAACAUAGGGACAAGGAAUUCUAACACAUUUCCUACAGAAAAUAAUCAAGUGCAUUUCUGGGCCUUACAUGGGGUUGUCAAAACUCCACUCAGCACAAUUAAGUGUGAAGCUGAAAAGUUGUAGAGUGCCCAUGGGGUAGAAAUAGGAUCCUUUUAUACUUUGGUUUCUUUUUUAUUUUUAUUUUUUAUCUGAAUCAAGUCUGAUCCUUGGUCACAGCUAACCAGAAGUGGCAGUAGACAGGUGGUGGGGGCCAGAGUAGGCCUGCGAGCUGGGAAGGUUUGGUAGCCAGGCUGGUAGAUUUAGGAUAUUACAGUGGCCAGGCCAGAUGGCUCCCAGGGCUGGAGAGGGCAGGGACGGGGAGGUGGUUUGCACACCACAGGAUGAAAUAGCCAUGACGAAGUUCCUCAGGAAGUGGCCCAGGGAAUCCGGAAGCACUGGAGACCUCUGGAAGAUUCUACGGGCAGCUGGCUCUGAGUGUGGCCAGCCAUCAUCCAUGCCAUAGCUGCAAAACCAGUCCCUCUGAGUGAAGCACAGUGAUACUGGGGCUGGGGUCACCCUUUGCAGAGUUCUGACUGAUUCAAGGCCCCUGCAAUGACCCCAGCUCCAGGCAGGAGUCCCCAGAAGAAAUGAUGCUUGGCAGGAACCACGGGCCUGCACUUGAUCUCUGAGAGACACUCCUCCUUUCAGGACCCAGGCUGGAGGCUGAGCACUAGGGCUGAGGGUGGGGCUGGAGCUGGGCCAACUGCUGUCUGGGGAGCCUCUCCAGCCACCAAGGCUGCCUGCCCCAUCCCCUCCUCCUUGAGUAGGGGGCAUCUCAUGCCAGAGAGCGCCAAUGCCAGGUCAAACAGGCAGCAUCAACCCAGGAAUGGCAGGCCCUAGCUCUGGGACUCAUGGGCUGUGUGACCUUGGACAAGUUAAUUCCCUUCUCUGAGCCUCCAGAACCAGAGGAUUGGAUCGAGGGUUUCCACUGACUCUUCUGGCUAGACCUCGCCUUUGCCUGCCCUGCUCAGAUGCUGGUCAUCCCACUCACAUCCCCAGCGUGGACGCUGGACUGGGAAAGGGGCAGAUCCCCUUGGGAAUGGCCAGUGGUUGGCCUCUGAACCUGGACCUUGCCCUUCUAUGCGCCCAUAUCCUAGGAGCACUUGACCUUUGCCUUUACAGACCUUUACAGUUCUGGAAAAGGAGGUGGUGUGGAUGUCUGGGCCUGAGUGUGGGGCCACACCGCAUGCCACCUGUCCC